AUAAACUGAAGCUAAUUUGUUUUACUAAGAGAAACAUUAACUUUUAAAUAUUUGUACUUUGAUGCAUGGAUUUCCUAAUUCAAGUCAAAAUCUUAGAGAAUUAUCCUGACCUGAAUAAUUUGCCUCCAUCUUCUGCAACAUGAAGUCCAACAGCUCUGGCACACAUGUGUUAGAUCCCGUCACUGCGGGCUCCACCUCAUGCAGCAGUGAUGAAGACCUACUUGAGUUCAGCUCUCAGAGUGACCUGGACAGUCUGACCUUUGACCCCUGCGAGAGUACUGCUGAUAGUGAAGUGCCGUACCCCUUCACCGGGCUCCAGGAGGCGGAGUUGUUGAGGACCAACAUCAUGUCUCUGACUCAGAGAGUUCAGCUGAACCGCAGCAUCCUCCAGCACCUCCUCAAAGCACCAGCAGCUGAGGGUCAGGGUCAGUCAGAGAGAGGAGGAGAGAAUAACACAGGUUCUGAUUUAGAUGUCUCAGAUUCAGAGGAUCAGCAAAAUGGAAACAAACACAGUGAGCUGACGUCAGCCUCACCCCUCCCCCACUCGCUGCCCCUGUCCCGGGCCUGUGCGUGUGUCAGACCCUUUAUGUCAGCUCGGUUGCCGCGGCAGCAGCGUUGUGCGGACAGCGCUCGUAUGAAGCGUCGCCCCGAACCCCUGAGAGCCGACCACAACCUGCUGGCCCCCGACGCCCGCUGCCUGCCGGGGGUCAGGUACUGUGCUGUCUCCCAGGUGAACUCUUUGCCCACACACCUUAACAGCUCUUCUCACACCCAAGCACCUAGUCGGUCCACGAGACGACGGCCAGAAUCCUCCCCAAACCGCCGUCUACGCUUCGAGGAUGAAACUGAGAGGGAGGCGGAGUCACGUUACCAGGAGCGACAGAAGAGGAGGGCUGGGCAACGAGGGCAAGACAUCCUGGUAUCCAAACCUGAUGUAUCACAGUACGUCAACGGCCAGUAUAAAGCUAUAGGUGAUGGCCAGUACAUGGGUCAACUAGGGGUCAACCUCCAACUUCAUCCCACUCCACUAGUUUACAACCACCAAAGCCAAAUUUUGUAUCCAGUCCCACCUGCUAGACCAGUCAUCAGUCUUCGCACAGAACCUAUCAAAGAGACCUACAUUGGCGUGGUUACGUACAGUGACAGUGAUGGAGGAGAAGCAGGGGAACAGAUGGGCCGCAGGGGAGCCUCAAACACAGGGGUCAGAAGAAGGACCAAUAACACAAAACAAAAUGGACUCCAUAAACAGUCUACGCUACGAUCAGACUUGCCUAUCAAUCCAUAUGCCCCUGAGCAAACUCUUACUCAUUCACAUGUAGAAGUUUCAGACCAAACUAAAGUCUACUCUUCUCCAAGUUUCUCACCUUCUCCUCCUGCAUUAUCCUCUGCAACUUCACACAAUGGCAAGCGCAAUGACACGAGGACGGACAGAAAACAUAAAAAAAGCAAAGCCAAAGACCAGAAGUGCCAGAACCUGACUGAGGACCACACGGAGGAGAGGGCAUCAGAGAAACAGUUGCCCCCAAGAGAGCUCCAAACUCAGGGAGAGUCAAGAGUGGCAGAGGGGAGCCCUGAAGUCAAGUUUAAAACAUCUUCCUCGUCAGCAGAAGAUCAUCAAAUCCUUACAGCAUCCACGCCCAAUGGAACCAAAAGAUCAAAACAGCCAAUGAGAGCAGAGCAUCACUCCCCUCUUGAGCCGGUGGAGGGCUCUCGUCUCUCUCUUCGUCGUCUCUUCUCUUCUGUCCGACUGGGGCGAAGUCGGAGCAGCAGUCUGGACAGAACCAGCUCACGGCCCUGCUCUCCUGGUCCAGAGCCCCCUACAGGUCACACAAAGUAUCAUGGCCUCCUCAAGAAGACCCCCUCUGUUCAGUCGCUUACCAUGGGGUCACCAUUUUUAAAGCUAAGAAAGUCUGCCUCAGUCCAGAGCUUUGUGUCAGAGCAGAAAAAGAAAGAUCGCUCUGAAAACUACAAACCGGGGGCUCAGAGCCCCCUGCAGCGCUGCCUCAGUGUGGAGGAUGUGAGUUGCCCAAGCUCCGUGCGCUCUGUCGGACGCAUUCUCCAGGUUUACACUGACGGAACCCUGCUCCUGGAGCUCAGCCGGCCACACAGUCAGACCUAUGGCUUUAUUAUCAGCAGAGGGAAAGGGCGAACUGACUCAGGUGUGUAUGUGGAGGACAUGUUGGACAGCAGCACUGAAAAGCUCUAUGCCGGGUUGUUGUCUGUGGGAGAUGAGAUCCUGGAGGUGAAUGAGGAGAAGGUGGCAUGCCUCAGUCUGGACCAGGUGACCCACAUGCUGACGCACAGCAGCAGUGUGAGGGUGAGAGUGUUGAGGCAGAGGAAGCCUCCGUCACGGUGAUGGGACUACACCAAAAACACUGCCUGACUGCAACCUUUAGCACUUGAGCUUCAGCUGGAGACAACCUGUGCAUUUCAAAGCCACUCUGCUGUUUACUUUUAGUAUACCAUAAUUUAUUUGCCUGUCACAAAGUUGUCUUGCAGUUGUAUUGAUUUACA